AUGGAGGGGCGCGUGGCGGAGCGGCUCCGCGGCGCCCUGGGCCCUUUCGGCUUCGAGGUGCACGCCUUCAAGGUUGGAUGGUACAAUGCUCUUCUCCAGCCAGCCUUUCAUCUACCCUACCCAGACGACACACUGGCCUUUGUGGUCCUCAGCACACCUUCAAUGUUUGACAAAGCCCUUAAACCUUUUGUGAACAAAGAACGGUUAAAAAUAAUCAGGGAUCCUGUGGAUCAGUGUGUUUCUCAUCAUUUAUCACGUGUGAAGGAGAAAUUCCUUGACCAGAAGGUGGACGUCAUCUUUGAUUACGAGAUUCUGCCAAGCCGAAAGCCCAAGUUCUUGGCGCAGACAGCUGCCCAUGUUGCUGGAGCCGCAUAUUACUACCAAAGGAAGGAUGUGAAGCUUGAUCCUUGGGGGAAAAAGAAGAUCUACGGUGUAUGUAUCCAUCCCAAGUAUGGCGGUUGGUUUGCUAUCCGGGGUCUCCUCCUGUUCCCAGAUAUUCAGGUACCGUUCCUGCAACAGUCUGCUCCUGUUGACUGUGUGAGCACAGAGGAAAAACGAAUUGAGUUGCUGGAGCAGUUCAAUUUCCACUGGCAGGACGGCCGCUACAGGGACAUAAUUGAAGUGAAGGAAAGGUAUUCGGAGGAGCAAAAAGCCUACUUUGCCACUCCUCCCGCGGAGAGAUUCAGACUGCUAGGGCUGACACGAGAAGCCCAGAGAAGCACAUUUCACUGAGUAACAUGGCUUGGUGGAGGGGCAGAGGGCAGCAAAAUGUAACUCAUCAGCACCUUCUUUUCCACGGUGCUGAGGAGGACAGUGUGCUGGUACAGAGGCAGCAAAUCCAAGCAGCGUGUGCUGCGUCUCAAUCCAAACACCAGCUUCUUGGAGUAAGAUGGGGCACUGCAUCAUAGCACUUGUGGUCUGGAGGAAGGUGGGAGCAGUCUGUUCUGUGCUGUUGCUGAUUUGGUGUGUCUCUUGGGGAGUCUGGUAAGAUGCUGAUUAACCUUUGGU